CACAGCCGAACAACCGGUAAUGGUUGUGCGGUUGUGAACGCAUCAAAAUCUCAUUCGAACAAGGCUGAAGCAUUCACCAAAUUAAACUCCCGACAAGUCCCUUUGUCCCGGACGAGCCACCGACGCGAUGUGUUUUUUAGGGCGAUAGAUAACAGUGAAUCAAGUUAGCAACAUUGCCAACGCACCAGCGCGAACUAGUUCUAGACUGAUAGCGACUCAAAUUCCGAAAGACCAAGCGAACCCUUUCGAAAGUAGAAUGGAGGCAAAAAUUGAACACGUUUCGGUGAUUCUGCCCGUGAGUAACGAUCCGGUCAUCAUCGGAAGUGUAAGCUCCAGAAAAAGUUUAAAGCGGCAUUGGAAUCAGCUGUCCCGGUUCCAGAAAAACCUUGCCUGCAUUGUCCUGGCUGGUGUGUGCAUUUUUUACAUAAUUUUCUUCAUGCUACCAUUCGACGAACCGUCCCGCAGCUCCGAGGCCAUCGAUCCUAUGGAACACAUCCAGAUUGCACCGUUCAAGGAAAGGCACGAGCGGUUCGCUUCGUCGAUCGUGAAGGAGGUGAAGCUUACCGACAGCCUUGCCAAUCCUCCGACGGAGGAAGCAAAACCUGUCGCACAGCAGCAACCCGAGGAGACCCUAAUGCAGCUCGAGAUUGUACGCGACGAGCCGAAAGAGAUCGUGGACAACGAGGAGAACGUGCUGGAGGAAAACCGGCGUGUGCCAUUUGCCGGUGCGAAAGAUUUCAAGGGUCCAACCAACGAUCGACAGCGUGCCGUUGUGCAGGCUACCCUUCACUCGUGGAAGGGCUACAAAGAGUACGCCUGGGGUCACGACAAUCUAAAACCGAUCUCGAUGGGUUACUCGGACUGGUUCGGACUGGGACUUACGCUUAUAGAUUCACUCGAUACGCUCUACAUCAUGGACCUGCAGGAUGAGUUCGACGAAGCGCGCGCCUGGGUGGACAAGUAUCUGAAGUUCGACGUUAACCGAGAGGUUAACCUGUUCGAGAUCACGAUCCGCGUUGUUGGCGGUUUGCUGAGUGCGUACCAUCUCAGUGGCGACCGGAUGUUUCUCGACAAAGCGAUCGAUCUUGGCAAUCGGUUGCUGCCAAGCUUCGAUUCCCCAUCCGGUAUACCGUUUUCCGACGUGAAUAUUGGUUCGCUGACGGCACACGCUCCAAAGUGGUCGCCCGAUAGCUCCACGAGCGAAGUCACCACAAUCCAGCUCGAGUUCCGGGACCUUUCGCGCGCCUCGGAAAAUCCUAUUUUCGAAAAUGUGGCCGCUAAAGUGAACCUGAAAAUACACGAACUGGAGAAAAACGAAGGCCUGGUCCCGAUCUUCAUCAAUGCCAACACGGGACACUUCCGAAAUUUUGCGACCGUCUCGUUGGGAGCACGAGCCGAUUCUUAUUACGAGUAUUUGCUGAAGCAGUGGCUACAAACUGGCAAGAAAAAUGACGAUUACCUUAUCGAAGACUACCAGCAAUCAAUCCGUGGCGUUUUAAAUCAGCUCGUCCGCACGACACCGAACGAAAAGCACGUGUACGUCGGUGAGCUAAUCAAUGGGAAGGACUUUAAGCCUAAGAUGGACCACCUGACCUGCUAUCUGCCCGGGACGUUGUUGCUCGGGUACAAGAACGGCAUGCCGAAGACACAUCUGCGGCUGGCGACCGACCUGCUCGAGACCUGCUACCAGACGUACAUGAAACAGCCGACCCAGCUGGCGCCCGAGAUAUCGUACUUCAAUGUGAACGGCGAAUCCGAGACCGACAUCUACGUCAAGACGAACGACGCGCACAACCUGCUGCGGCCGGAGUUCAUCGAAAGCCUGUACUACUUCUACGCCAUCACGGGUAACCGCACGUACCAGGACAUGGGCUGGACGAUCUUCGAGGCGUUCAACCGGUAUACGAAGGUCAAGAACGGCUACACCUCGAUCGGCAACGUGAAGAACCCGCUCAACACGCGCCCCCGCGAUAUGAUGGAGAGCUUCUGGCUCGGAGAGACGCUCAAGUACUUCUAUCUGCUGUUCAGCGACGACCGGAACGAGAUCGAUCUCGACAAGUACGUGUUCAACUCGGAGGCUCACCCGUUGCCGAUCAGGGAUGGUUAGAGGAGGGAUAGUGCGUAUACCGUUAGCUAACGGUUGGGCCUGCCCUAACAUUUCCAGCUUCCUUAAAUGGCUUCUUUAGGGUGAAGAAGCAUCCCCGCGAAAAGACGAUAUUAGUUAGUGAAUGAUUGGUAUUUAUGUGUUUUACAUGAAAAAAAAACAAAACGAUUUAGCAAAUUAAUGCAAUUUAAAUGUGCCCUCGCCAAAGGGUAUUUCCACGCACGAGCAAUGGCAGCACCGGUUGCCCGUUGAUGGCCACCGUCUACCGGAACAGCUAGCCAUCUUUUGUACAUACACACACACUCCUGGGGUUGAGAUACGAUCGUGGGUUUUCCUUUUAAUCCCCUCCUCCCUUGCGGUGUCCUUCCCGAGCAGAUUUUUUACAUUAAAUGUUACCAACAGUAGACUGCCUAACUAACAACUAACACGGAAGAAACACAUUCCCAUUCGCGCACACACCAACACGUGUUCUGUGCGGUUCCCUUCUCACCAGGUUCUCCACUGCAUUUCCUUCCGGAUUUCCACUUACUUUACCACGGGUACCCACAUUCACACUCGCACACACAAACACGCGAUUUGUUGCUGCCAAGAUCGGCCAAAUCGACAUCCUCAAGCUAAAGCGCUAGUGAUAGGAGUUUUAAAAUUCCUUUAUAAAUCGUCUGCUUGUUUCGAAGUUUCGUAUCACUUUCUAGUCCCUCGAUAUCGUAACAAGUAAACAAGCAAAGAACGACAAGCAGACAGUGGAACAUAGUGCAAAGAAUUGAACGAGACUUAGACAAACGGUAGACACAAAAAGCACAGACACACAUUGAACGAACUCUUUUAGACGGUUAAAUGAUGCAAUCAUGAUUUUGAUUCUUAAGACUAGCGAUAAAGGAUUAUUGUUCUCUACGUUCUUAAAUAAUUAGUGUCGGUAAGAAAUCUAGGAAAUCAAUUGCAAAUAAAUAUGGACCCCACCGCGUGCUGGCGAGGUCUUACUAA